AAACCGGGCGGCCCACUAACGCUUUCGGUCUGAACUAUAUCCACCCUAUCGCUCUCCGUUCGCCAGAGAGAGAUAUCUACCAGUCGGCGCCGACCAGAUUAGCCGGCGAAAUCACCGGAGAGAAAACACUCUCCACUCGAGCAUCGAAGCAGCUUUGAAAACCAUGGCUCCUCUCACGCUAGCCGUGGAUACAACAACGAAGACUGCUUCCGUGAACCCUCUGGAUUUCUCAGGCGGGAAAAUGCACAUCGCUCAGCUCGAAACCCGCAGCAAGCCUUUCGCCUCGCUCAGCACUAGAGGAGAAGAGGAGAAGCCGUUUGAUUUCUUGCGAACUGUGUUUGAAGGAGUAAUUGCGGGAGGUACUGCUGGUGUAGUAGUUGAAACGGCAUUGUAUCCCAUUGAUACUAUCAAGACAAGGUUGCAGGCAGCUCGUGGUGGUGGACAAAUAGCCUGGAAGGGUCUUUACUCUGGCUUGGCUGGAAAUAUUGCCGGCGUCCUACCGGCUUCUGCUUUGUUUGUCGGAGUAUAUGAGCCAGCGAAACAGAAGUUAUUGAAAGUUUUUCCUGAAAAUCUUAGUGCUUUUGCUCAUCUAACUGCAGGUGCCAUAGGAGGGCUUGCUGCUUCUUUUGUUCGUGUACCAACAGAGGUUGUUAAAACAAGGAUGCAAACGGGGCAAUUUUCCUCUGCUCCGAAUGCUGUCCGGCUCAUUGUCUCAAAGGAGGGAUUUAAGGGUCUCUAUGCGGGAUAUGGAUCAUUCUUAUUGCGUGAUCUGCCAUUUGAUGCUAUUCAGUUUUGCAUUUACGAGCAGCUACGGAUCGGUUACAAAGUAGCAGCACGAAGAGAUCUCAAUGACGCCGAGAAUGCUGUGAUUGGCGCUUUUGCUGGUGCGCUAACUGGAGCAGUGACUACUCCACUUGAUGUGAUUAAGACAAGACUAAUGAUUCAGGGAUCAGCAAACCAGUACAAAGGAGUGGUGGAUUGUGUUCAAACUGUCAUUAGGGAGGAAGGACCUGCUGCUCUUCUUAAGGGCAUAGGGCCAAGGGUGAUGUGGAUAGGAAUUGGGGGUUCGAUCUUUUUCGGUGUAUUGGAGAGCACAAAGAGGAUGCUUGCAGAGAGGCGACCCUCGUCAUCUCCUCCACAUUUGAACCCGAAGCAGGAUUAGAGACUUCCUAGGAUUGAGAUUAGUUCUUAACAUGCACAAGCGUCUUUUUUCACUCAUGCCUUUUGUUGUGGUCUUUAAUACGUUAGUCGAUGUAACGUGAAUCAAUAUCUUGAUAAUGAUUUAUAAGAGUUGUUUUGUAUGAUCAUAACAUCAUUUGUUGAUUCAUGUUAAUCAGGAAAUAGAUAAGGCUAGCGCAAAGUAAAUGCGCCUGUAUCGAGUUCAAAUCACGAUGCAAGAGUGAUGUGAACUAGUGUGAUCAUGGCAUGAAGUUAAGAGACAUCAUAUGGAAAUUAACAACAAUAAGGAACAUUUAACUCAUCCCUCGUCUUAAGUGCAAAUCAAGCAAG